AUGUUAGAAGCCACUCCAAAUGCAGAUGAAAUCAAAAAAGCUGUUUUUGAGAUGAAUGCAGAAAGUGCUCCAGGUCCAGAUAGUUUUUCAGGUAUCUUUUAUAAAACAUGUUGGCAUAUUAUACAAGAAGACUUUGUUAAUGAAAUUCAGUAUUUUUGGAGGAGGAAGUACGAACCAAGAGGACUAAAUUCUAAUUUCCUUAUAUUAUUACCUAAAACUCAAAAUGCCAAGAAGCCCGGUCAAUUCAGGCCUAUUAGUUUAAGAAAUUUUAGCUUCAAAGUGUUCACUAAGAUCAUCUCUACAAGGUUGAGUGGUUUUAUGGGUAAUUUAGUCUCCCCUCAGCAAGCUGCUUACAUUAAAAGAAGAAGCAUACAUGAACAGGUGAUGAUGGCAUCUGAGCUAGUGAAUAAAAUGAAACAUACAAGAAGAGGAGUUAUGGUUAAUGGUGGUCCACAAGGUUUUUUCUCAACGGAGAGAGGGUUGAAGCAUGUUGAUCCACUUUCUCCUAUUUUAUUUGUACUAAUGGAAGAAAUUCUUAGUAGAGGAUUAAAAAUUUUGGUGGAAAAAGGUAAAUUACAGCCAAUGGUGAUCAGAAAAGGAUGUUAUCCUACUCAUCUUUUCUUUGCAGAUGAUGUUUUCAUCUUCUAUAAUGGUUCAAAAAGGAGUUUGGAAGAAAUACUUACACUACUCAAAGAUUAUCAAGAAAAUACAGGUCAACUAAUCAACAAGCAGAAAAUUAAAUGUUUUGUGGAUGGUUGUAAUCCAUUAAGGAAGGAUCAAAUAUCAAAUAUGAUGCAAAUGGAACUUACAACUUUUCCUGACAAAUACUUGGGAGUUAUCCUCAAACCUGUAAGAGUUAAUGGUGCAAUUGUUUGUCCAAUGGUGGAGAUGAUGCAAAAACAAUUAUCUUCAUGGAAAGGUAAAUUACUAUCCUUUCAUGAUAGAUUGAUUCUUAUAAAGUCUGAUCUGAGUAGCAUACCAGUUUACAACAUGGUUGUACAUAGAUGGCCAAAAUCAGUAAUUAAAGUGUGUGAAAAAUAA